CUUCUUCAUAAAAUUAGAAGAUUGUUACACCACUAUUCACACGCGAACAAACAAAAAAGAUCGAAGUUUCUUUUCUAUCGAACACAAAUAGUUUUCCAUUUUUUUGUUAUCUCGAUAAAGUAUGGCUAUUCAAGAUAACCACAGUCACAACGAUCAUUACCGGAGGCUCACUUUCGCCUCUUUCUUGAAAUCGGAUUCCCUCUCCACCGGCGACGAAGCUUACCACACGGACGGAGAUCACAACCACAACGAUAAUAAAGACGCGAUUAGCACCAACAGCGAUUCUCAGCGGCCAAGCAACGCCUCAACUAGCGAUUCACCAAUCUACCCACUAUCUCCAUGGAACCAAACUUACUAUCCACCCAACGAUAAUACGACGGCGUUUUCCUCUACUAAUCAGUCACCCUGGAACCAAACUUGUUCUCCGUACCACAAAUCGCCUUGGAUUUACCAAACCAGAAACAGCGAUUUCGAGGAUGAUCCCGACAACGGUUUGGUCGGUACGAUCGUGAGGCAAGAAGGACACGUGUACUCUCUUGCUGCUUCAGGGGAUCUCCUCUUCACGGGAUCCGAUUCCAAGAACGUUCGGGUCUGGAAAGAUCUGAAAGAUUUAUCCGGGUUUAAAUCAACAAGCGGGUUUGUUAAAGCGAUUGUGAUAACCGGAGAUAACCGGGUUUUCACCGGUCACCAAGACGGUAAAAUCCGGGUUUGGAGAGGCUCGAAGAGAAACCCUGAGAGAUACUCAAGGGUCGGAAGCUUACCGACGCUGAAAGAGUUUCUCACCAAAUCGGUAAACCCGAAAAACUACGUCGAAACUCGUCGCAAGAAAAACAAACUGAAGAUCCGACAUUUCGACGCCGUGUCGUGUCUUACCGUAAACGAAGAUCUCGGUUUACUAUACUCCGGUUCGUGGGACAAGACUCUAAAAGUCUGGAGACUAUCAGAUUCGAAAUGUCUAGAAUCGAUCGAGGCUCACGACGACGCGGUCAACACGGUGGUCGCCGGGUUUGACGAUUUGGUAUUCACCGGAUCAGCCGACGGAACGUUGAAAGUUUGGAAACGUGAGCUCCAAGGGAAAGAGACCAAGAAGCAUGUUUUGGUACACGUGUUGAUGAAACAAGAGAGCGCCGUAACGGCGUUAGCCGUUAAUUUAAACGACGCUGUGGUUUAUUGCGGAUCAUCUGACGGUUCCGUUAACUUUUGGGAACGGAAAAAAUAUUUGACUCACGGCGGGACAAUUCACGGUCAUCGAAUGGCGGUGCUAUGCCUCACCUCCGCCGGGAGUCUGUUAUUGAGCGGCGGAGCUGAUAAUAAUAUCUGCCUUUGGAGGAGAAACGGCGACGGAUCUCACACGUGUCUUUCUGUUUUGAUGGAUCACGACGGACCUGUUAAGUGUUUAACGGCGGUGGAAGAAGCACAGGACGAUGUCGACGACGGUGAUAAGGCAGAUCAACGGUGGAUAGUGUACAGUGGAAGUUUAGACAAAUCGGUGAAAGUGUGGCGCGUGACGGACUACGCGUCUUAAUUAUUGAACAUUAAAGUCAACAGCGCGUAAAGGUGUGAAGCGCGUGAUAGAAUGUUACGCGGCCCAUUCCCAUGUGAUUGUUGCUCUUUGUCGUAAAGUGGAAAUUGAUUGGGAGGCAAAUAGGUAGAUCUUGGUACAAGUGAACAGCCACGUCAUGUGAAAUUUGUCUUUUCUUCUAAAGUUCGAUAAAGUCGUGUCCCCUUUUGUUGUCUAGAUUCUUUCUAUGUAGUUUGUACAUAUUUAAAUAAUGUGUGUAACCAGAAGAAGAAAGAAGGUGGAGAAAGAAAGGAAAGAAAGAUUCCGCUAUAAUUAAAAAAUUAGAAAAAAAUCUGUUAAAUGUAUUAAAUGUAACUGGCUUGUAUUAUAUUUUUUGGGUCAUAUGUUUGUAUAUGGUUGGUUGUCAUUGUUGAAUGAAUUCCACCUUUUCAUUUUUA